GCCCCGCUGCGUCUCCCCCGCCGCAGGCGCAAGCCUAGCCAAGCCGGCCCCGGAGCAGGUGCGGGCGCGGGUGCGAGCGCAGCGGCCAUUGACCGCGCGGCCGCGCAGCGGACCCUGUGCGCACCGUCUUGAGAGGCGCCCCGCGAACGGGGGAGACACCAGACCUGCAGGCCAUGUCCCAUGAAAAGAGUUUCCUGGUGUCUGCGGACAGCUACCCUCCCCCCAACCCCGGCUAUCCUGGGGGGCCGCAGCCGUCCAUGCCUCCUUACCCAGGGGCCCCUUACCCACAGCCCACAUUCCAGCCUUCCCCCUAUGGCCAGCCAGGAUAUCCGCAGGGCCCCAGCCCCUACCCCCAAGGCGGCUACCCCCAAGGCGGCUACCCCCAAGGGGGCUACCCCCAGGGCCCCUACCCCCAAGGCGGCUACCCUCAGGGGCCAUAUCCGCAGAGCCCCUUUCCCCCCAACCCCUAUGGACAACCACAGGUCUUCCCGGUACAGGACCCUGGCUCACCCGAGCAUGGGAACUACCACGAGGAGGGGCCCCCGUCCUACUACGACAACCAGGACUUCCCUGCCACCAACUGGGAUGACAAGAGCAUCCGCCAGGCCUUCAUCCGGAAGGUGUUCCUGGUGCUGACGCUGCAGCUGUCUGUGACUCUGUCCACCGUGGCCGUGUUCACCUUCGUCGGGGAGGUGAAGGGCUUCGUCCGGAAGAACGUCUGGACCUACUAUGUCUCCUACGCCGUCUUCUUCGUCUCCCUCAUCGUCCUCAGCUGCUGCGGGGACUUCCGGCGAAAGCACCCCUGGAACCUCGUGGCGCUGUCCAUCCUGACCGUCAGCCUGUCCUACAUGGUGGGCAUGAUCGCCAGCUUCUACAACACCGAGGCGGUCAUCAUGGCCGUCGGCAUCACCACGACCGUCUGCUUCACGGUGGUCAUCUUCUCCCUGCAGACGCGCUAUGACUUCACCUCCUGCAUGGGCGUGCUGCUGGUCAGCAUGGUGGUGCUGCUCGUCUUCACCCUCCUCUGCAUCUUCAUCCGGAACCGCAUCCUGGAGAUCGUGUACGCCUCGCUCGGCGCUCUGCUCUUCACCUGCUUCCUGGCAGUGGACACGCAGCUGCUGCUGGGGAACAAGCAGCUGUCCCUGAGCCCGGAGGAGCACGUGUUUGCCGCGCUCAACCUCUACACCGACAUCAUCAACAUCUUCCUGUACAUCCUCACCAUCAUCGGCCGCGCCAAGGAGUAGCCGGGCGCCCGGCUCGCGCGGGGCUCCGCUCAGGUGGCCUGGCUGGCCCGGACCCUGGCCUUGGGGUGGCAGUUCCUCUGGACCUCCCCCUCUGGCCCCCGAGCGCGGCCUGGGACAGAGGGAGCCCCCCCCCCCCCCACCCUCCCGUGUGUACACCGCAGCCACGUCUGCCCGGACGCGCCACGGCCAGCAUGGCCCCGCCUAGCCUCCCACCCUGCCGAGGGCCGCGGAGCUGGGUGUCCGUGCCACCUCCUGCCCUGCCCACUCACUGUUGCAUGAGCCCCGUCCGCUAGCCCGCCCCGGGGUCUGGCGGCAACCCCCGGUCCCAGGGGAGAGGGACUGAGCCCAGAGGUGAGGGUGCACGUCUCCCCUCUGUCCCAGCUCCCUGCCUGGCCUAGAGCAGCCCUUCCCCUCCCCGCCCCCACGCUGGAGCGCUGCCCUCCAGGGACUUGGGGCGGGGGGGGGGCGUCCUCCAGGGCAGAGGGAGGGGCGGUUUCAGCAGAGGAGGACGCCUUCCUCUCACAUGCUGUCUUUCAGUUCCAAUAAACGGGACCUUCCACGCUC